AUGGCGUCCACGUCCUAUUCUGUCGAGCGAAAUCCGUACUCCGUCCUCGGUGUAGCGCCUGGAGUUUGUGAGAAUACGCUAAAGGCGGCGUUCCGCCAGCGAGCGCUCCUCUACCAUCCGGACCGGAACCCCCCUUGCCAUCGAGAGGAGGCGGAGCAGGCUUUCAAGGACAUCAAUGAGGCGUAUGAGCGGCUGCUUUGCACCUGCAAGCAGGAUGGCCGCGGACGGCGGCAGUGGGAGAGGGACAGACUCUACAGCGCUGCGUAUCCGUCGAUGUUCUUUGAUGUGUUUGGCGUGCGACGAGACGCGCUGGAGGGUACGGCGACGCACAUUCUUCGAGCCGCGGGGCUGCGAGCACGCGGGCGCGAGCCAGGCGGCCUUUUGCGGAUCGCGGGGUGA